AUGACCACCGUUUGCCCAACACCCAAUUCUCCCCCCGAGCUCUCCGGGUCCAAAUCCUCCAAAUCCUCCUCUUUUCAUUCCUCCUCCCACCCAGAUGGUCCGGACAGUAUCUUUACGGACAUCUCGAAUUUCGAAGACAUUGGGUUGGAAGAUGAUACCGAUCUGUCGUACGCCGACCAGCCAGGAUCCUACGGCCGCCCCGGGGUAGUCGCGCGGUCGCCUGCCGCCAGACUGUCAAGCAAAGUCCCUGUGGCCUCGACUCGCGAUUUGACUGCGACCCUGAAUUCUCGCAAGCGGACCCCCCUACCCCCGAUUUCGAGUGGGUCAGCCAGGCCACCUCAAUUGGCAGGCUCCCUCUCAGUGAGAACUGGAAACCGGAGAGGCUCAGGAAACACAUUGCAUUCACCCGGCUUAGCACCAUCGCAACCUCGCCGUUCAAGAUCUGUCUCACCACUACGACCGACAUCCAGCCGCUCUGUUUCGAGUACCAGCCUAGCUUUAUCGCCGCUAUCCGCACGAGUGCCCAUCCAGAAACAAACCUGGCAACCGAAUCGCAAAUCGCUCAAAGACCUGGAGGAAGAAUACCAUGACUCGGACGACGAACUACCGGACGAUGCAAGUCUGUGGAACAUUCCUAUCUCUCCGCGCCCAGUUCAGGAUCGGACUCCAUCACGGCCUACUAGUCCGAAUGGUCGCAGUCCCGGGGGUAGUCGCAGUCCCGGACGGCGACCUCUGCCUAUUCAGCAUACCGUAGCAGAAACCGAUAAGCCAGCGUCACCCGGAAACACCGCCAAGGCAUCCCGCAUGAAGCGUAUACAGCGAUCGAGCUCCGCAGGACCGGAGCGUGGACAACUCUCGCCACGCAACCCUCGCACCUACUCGUAUAACAGUUUCCUAUCUGACUUGUCUGAGGAGGCAAAGAUCAUCACUGAAGCUCUGGAGCUGCAUGCUGAUGAUAGCGAUCGGAAGCGGGAGGAGCAUAUUCAAGCCGGCGCUCUGCGGAAGUCCAGUGAGGACUCACAUCGCGCAUCCCGUGAUACUGUCGCUUUACCGCCUCUGCAGAAGUCCAAUAUUAUGAUUGAUCCGCUGCCAAUUAGCAAGGAGAAAGAAAAGGUUCUGACGCGGACACGCCCAAGCUGGCUUCCGCCUAAAGACCAGAAGGAGGAGAAAAAACACCUGAGGCAGUAUCAGCAAAUGAUGGCCCAGUCUCGAGAAAUCGAGAAACGAAAAGCUACUAAGGAAGCAAAUGCCCAAUGUGAAAAGGACAACACCCGAGUAACACUGCAGAACAUUUGGGAUGAAUACGUGUGUCCUAACUGGGAGCGAGCCCUCCGAGAGCCCCGAAUUCGUGAGCUAUGGUGGCGCGGAAUUCCGCCUCGCAAUCGGGGCUCCAUAUGGAAGAAAGCCAUUGGCAACGAACUAGAAUUAACAGAGGAAACCUUUACCAAAGCGCUGCGCCGAGCAAAGGAUCUGCAAAGCAAGAAAGAUGCAGAAAACGAGAGCAGCAAACGACUACUAGACUGUUUUGAAGCAAUCGAAACAGACGUGUCCAAGGCCUUCCCAGAUCUGAAUCUGUUCCAAAAAGGCGGUCCACUACGAGAAACCCUCAUCGACGUUCUACAAGCAUACUGCAUGUACCGCAGCGACGUAGGCUAUAUCCACGGCCUGCACACCAUCGCCGCUCUGCUCGUUUUGCAAUUCCCUACCCCCGCUUCCGCCUUCCUCGCCAUGGCCAACGCUCUCAACCGUCCUUUACCCGUCGCCUUCCUCACUUGGGAUCGAGGCGCCAUGGCCCGCUCCUACACACUAGCCACAGACACCUUGCGCUACAAGUUCCCCCGUCUAUACGCUCACCUUGUCGAAACCCUCCACUUCUCCGAGGCAGAAAUUUGGGAGCCGAUCUUCCGCUCGCUGCUGACAAACGGCCUGGACCUCGAGCGCAUCUCCCGCGUCUGGGACUGCUGGGUCUUCGAGGGCGACCGCAUCAUGAUCCGCUCCGCCGUCGCCGUCUUGGGCUGUCUUCAAGCCCAGCUAUUCUCCUUCCACCAAACCGAUGACCAGUCUCGUCUUGCUGUGCGCGACGUGCUGGGCUGGGGUCCCCGCAAUCUCGGAGCAAAUAUCCAGAAACCCAAAGAUCGGCACAGCGCCCCUGCCGCAGCUGGCUUUGGCGGUGGGCAGAUCGAGAACCCUGGUGUUGCUGAUUAUUGGGUCCUUACUGCUGCAGGUAACGAAGAUGGGUUUAUGCAUGCCGUUCGAGAGGCCGGGAAGGUUCGUCAGCCAAUCUCAUAG